UCUCGCAUUGAUUUUGUAAACCACAACUCCAGGACAACUUCAAGGCUUUCAAAACCAUAAUGACAUAAUGGAUGUUUUGGCCAAGGCUUGUGACAGUAUAGGUCUAUGUCUGCAAUGCCUUUCUUUUCUCUGGAAAUAUUCAGUGUAAUGCUACGAGGCAUUCUGAGCUCCAGGAAUAGACUGGCUGGUUGUUCCGCUGUUGACUGUGAUUGGUAAAGGCUGGAAGACAGAGAUAACACUCUGCUAGGAUGGCAUCACAGCAGGGGGAAGAGCCUCCUCCAAACAGAGGUCAAUCAGAUAGCCGUCUGAAGAGCAAGAAGCCGCCCAGCCUUGUAAUAGCCAUCCCUCCACCUGAGGAGAUGAUGCCCUACGACCCUGCAAAACAGCCAUUGCGUUCGUCUCUGAAAAAAAGCGUGAGUGGUCAUGCCACCGGUUCUGUGUCAGAGAGCGUGAGUGGAACCGGAGAUGGACGCUUCUCAGCCGGAGAGAGGAGGGCAACAUUUGGCAGACAAACGUCACUCUCACAAAGCAUCCGCAGAAAUACAGCCCAGUGGUUUGGAGUCGGGGAGAACUGUGAGACCAAGCAGCAGGUAUGGCACAGGAAAAGCCUGCGCCACUGCAGCCAGCGCUAUGGCAAGCUGAAGGCCCAAUAUAGAGAGCCUGAGACGGCCACCAGCAUCGACCAGGGCCUGGACUCACCAGCCACACACAAGAUGCCCAAGAUUGUAGAUCCCCUGGCACGGGGGCGUGCUUUCCGUUGCCCAGAUGAGAUGGACAGUCGCUCCCCCAGGACACCCCACAUCACUCAGGGCGGUCCGGUUACCCCGGGUGUCACCUCACUUAGCUCCUUCACCAGCCAGCGCUCCGGGUACAGCCGCUUUCCCAGGCGUAAGAGGGAGUCUGUUGCCCGCAUGAGCAUCCGAGCUGCAUCCAACCUAAUGAGGGGUCGUAGCGGCUUGGCAGGCUCUCAGACAGGUCGCAGUUUCCCCAAGAGGAGCUUUGCCAGGCCCAGCUGGAUGGAUGAUGAAACUGUGGACUCCGCAGACACGUCCGAGUCGCUCUUCUUUAGCAAGGUUGAUGUCCAUGAUGAGUUGUACUCUAUGGCUGAUGAUGUAUUUGAAUCGCCUCCCAUGUCUGCAUCCUUUACUCCCGGCGAGCAGCCUGAUCAGAAGUUCCCAAGCCUUAAGGACAUAUCUCGAACACCCAGGACACCAGUAGUAGUGCACGAUAAGAGCCAUCCUCGUCGAGGUCGUCGCAUUGCCUCUCAAGUUAAGCACUUUGCAUUUGACAAACAUAAGCGUGAGUACGGCAUGGGCGUUGUGGGGAAGUGGCUGAACCGGCACUACCGACGCAGUCUCAGCAGCAACGUCCAGAAGCAGCUCAAAGACUUCCACAGCCACAGGCCCUACUUUACCUACUGGAUCACAUUUGUCCAUAUAGUAAUCACUUUGCUGGCCUGUUGUACAUAUGGUUUUGCCCCUGUGGGGUUCGCACAACAUUCUACAUCUGAACUGGUGCUGAAGAACAAAGGCAUUUAUGAGAGUGUCAAGUAUAUCCAACAGGAGAACUUCUGGAUUGGCCCCAGCUCUGAGGACCUGAUCCACCUGGGGGCCAAGUUCUCACCGUGCAUCCGUCAGGACAGACAGAUAGUCCGUCUGAUUCAGAAUGCCAAAGAUCUGGAGAGACAGUCUGGCUGCUGUGUUCAGAAUGACAACUCUGGAUGUGUGCAGACCCUCAGCUCCGACUGCUCCGAGACGCUGGCCACCUUUAUUAAAUGGGACAAUGAGCCUGUAGACAUCAACAGGUUCUCUGGUUCUGUCUGUCACCAGGAUCCCAGAGUGUGUGAAGAGCCUGCCUCUGCAGAGCCUCAUACGUGGCCAGAUGACAUCACCCAGUGGCAGGUGUGUACAUAUCCCAAGAAGUGGAAUCACACUGGCUACAGACACAUGGACUGUAACAUCAAGGGACGGCCUUGCUGUAUAGGUACUAAGGGCAGAUGUGAGAUCACUACCAGAGAGUAUUGCUCUUUCAUGCAUGGUUACUUCCAUGAGGAGGCCACACUCUGCUCUCAGGUCGACUGUCUGGAUGAUGUUUGCGGCUUGCUGCCCUUCCUCAACCCUGAUGUUCCAGAUCAGGUCUACCGUCUCUGGCUCUCUCUCUUCCUCCAUGCUGGGUUGUUACACUGCGUGGUGUCUGUGGUGUUCCAAAUGACAAUACUGAGAGACUUGGAGAAACUGGCAGGAUGGGUCCGCAUCUCCAUCAUUUAUGUCUUCAGUGGUAUCACUGGAAAUCUCGCUUCUGCCCUGUUCCUGCCCUACAGAGCUGAGGUGGGUCCAGCAGGGUCUCAGUUUGGACUCCUUGCUUGCCUGUUUGUUGAGCUGUUUCAAGGUUGGCAGAUGCUGGAGAAGCCAUGGAAGGCCUUUCUCAAACUGUUGGGCAUCGUCCUCUUCCUCUUCCUGUGUGGCCUCCUGCCGUGGAUUGACAACAUCGCCCACAUCUUUGGUUUCCUCAGCGGCCUGCUGCUCUCCUUUGCCUUCCUGCCCUACGUCACCUUCGGGACUUUUGACAAGUACCGGAAACGUAUCCUCAUUGCUGUCUCGCUGUUGGCCUACAUUGGGCUGUUCUCUUCCCUCAUCGUUUGGUUUUACAUUUACCCGAUUCACUGGCACUGGCUGGAGCAUCUCACCUGCCUGCCCUUCACAAGCAAGUUCUGUGAAAAGUACGACAUAGACCACAACAUUAAUGAUGUGGUGCACUAGUCUCUAGGCUACUAAUGACGUCUAAGAUGACCACAUCAUCUGUGUUACUGAUCCACUAUCUUCUAGCAAAUGACCAGGUCAGGCCUUUUUAAGAAUGUGGCAAUAACAUUUUUAAUUAUUCACGUAUCAGAGCACCUGAUCAAAGUAACGGACCUGGAUCAGUCUCUUCUCCUCAGCCUGCUGAUUUGCUUACUUCCGUAAAACUUAACUCAACCUUUUUAAUCCUCAGUCAAGUCUGGCACUACCUAGCAGGUUAAUUUGCUAAUGCCCUAGCAGAUCCUCAGAAUCAGACGACAGGAAAAGAUACUCAGGACGUCAAAACUACGUACAGCUGGGUGGACCUAAAGGAAAAGAUCUACAGAGCGAGAGACUGCCUGGUUCCUUCAGUUCAAUCUAAAGAAGCCAAAUGACAAAAGAAGACAAAGGCAUCUCUGGCCUACUGUCACUUUUCCCUUUAACUUUAUGGAGGACAAAUAACUGAGAUGAAAAGGAAGAAUGAUGCCAUAGUAGAUCAUCAGUUAUCUUGAGACACAUCAGAUGCCUACGACUAAUUCUUGUUUUCAGUAACACUGCGUUUAACACUACAAAAGCUGUCAUUCAGUUCUGCUGCUUCUCAUUGUCUCGUGAAAUGCUUCUUCUUUUUUUUGUGUUAAAUCUUUGCUUUUUUGUAUGUAUGCACUUGGCAUGUCAAUAUUCUUUGGCACAGUGAAAUGUUAUGCUAAAGGUAACAAUGUGUUCCAAGUAUUAACUGUGCAGCUGGAAUAGUUAAAGUCAAAUAUCAGUGGUCAAUUAAGGCAAGAUUUCUAUCUAAAACCACUAGUUGCCUUAAACAGACUAUGCCAUUUUACAGAGAUGCCUCAUCUUACUUUUGCAUACUGCUUGUGAUCAACUUACUGAAUGGUGAUGAACAGAUUUCUGACCUUAAUCUACCAAAGAAGCCUGACAUGCUGCUUAUAUAUGCAUGUUAAUUUUCACAAUCACAUCGUUUUCUGUAUGUCACUGUCACAAACACAAGUUCUCAGCCAAGGUCUACUUAUAAUGUCUCGUAUUUGCUCAUAUUUGUCCAAUAACACAGUGGUGCCUAAAUCAUUUUGUAGAUGUACUUAAAUAGGCAUUUUUGUUAGAUCAGAGCAAGUUUUGUACUGUAUUUUUUGACUCUGUGAAAGCUGUCAGAGGAUCACGUUGUGAAGAGAUGUAAUUUAUGUUUCACCUUAGCCUUAAUAUGUUAUAUGUGUACAUGUGAAAUAUACCAUUCAAGGCUUUGUUUUUACCAUUUACACCAUUAACUCUCCUUGACAAAAAAUCAAUGAAGAAAUAUGGAUUUUAAACUGCUUCAAACAGUACUGUUGCAUAGGAAUUUCUUCAAACAGACACAUUCAGACUUAACCUGGACAAAGUCUUGUUCUCCAAGUAUACAUUUGUUUUCACACGUAUCUUUUUGUCUUCAACCCUUGCAGACAACUGCUUGGAUUGUAGUCCAUGACCAACAGUAGACUGUUGCUGUUGACUUUGUGUUAGGUGUAACAAUAUGAUUUGAGAAGUCAUAACACCUGAAGUUAUUCAUUUCUCUCACGGGUUCCCGUCUCGUGCUUGUUGGUGAUUCUGGCAUGUGUUGACCCCAGCUGUUAGGAAAGCCACCGUAAUGUGGAGGAUUAUGUGAGUUACUAAGUGAGUUAUAAGAUUAUCUGAGUUUGUUGGUGUGGCUGACUCACUGAUCAUCUGGUGUAGUUGAGAACAGGAGUUGUUAAAAACAUCCAGGUUCUGAUAUUUUUAUCAGUUUUAACACCACCGUAUUUGGAUUCUCAAAGCCAUCUGUUUUUAGACAGGGCUCUGCUUCAGUAAGUGUAAGUAAAGUCUGAACAGUGACAUCCAUCUCUGUGUAGACUGUGCCUUUUGACAUGUAAGCAUGUGCGUGUUUGAUCUGAACCACAACAACACACAUCUUCAAUCAUGACUGUAGGCAGCAGUUAUGCUGCUUUGUUUGUAUUGGGACCAAAUAAAUUCACCCUUUUCUAUUUAUUGGAAUAAAAAGGGAAAGUUUCAAAUGGGUUUCAGAGCAUGCUCAAGGUACUGUUCUGUUUUUCUUCAGUUUUAUAUGUGAAAAUCUAUGUGUGUUAAAGAUAUUGUCAAAAUAAAUGCCACUGAGCUCA